GGGGGCGGCAGCGGCGCAGGGGGCGGCGGGGAUCCCGCGGGCGGCUGGCUGGGACGGCGUGGGCGACCCGGAUCGCGGGCGCCCGGAGCCCCGUUUCAGCCCGAGGGGAGGUAGCUGGUUGAGGGCAGUUCUCCAUGAAUGUACGUCACCAUGAUGAUGACCGACCAGAUCCCCCUGGAACUGCCACCCCUGCUCAAUGGGGAGGUGGCCAUGAUGCCCCACUUGGUGAAUGGAGAAGCAGCCCAGCAGGUCAUUCUUGUCCAAGUUAACCCAGGGGAGACCUUCACCAUAAGAGCCGAGGAUGGAACACUGCAGUGCAUCCAAGGACCUGCUGAAGUUCCCAUGAUGUCACCCAAUGGGUCCAUUCCUCCCAUCCAUGUGCCUCCAGGUUAUAUCUCACAGGUGAUUGAAGACAGUACUGGAGUCCGCCGGGUGGUGGUCACACCCCAGUCUCCUGAGUGUUACCCACCGAGCUAUCCCUCAGCCAUGUCUCCCACCCAUCACCUCCCCCCUUAUCUGACUCACCACCCGCACUUCAUUCAGAACUCGCACACAGCCUACUACCCUCCUGUCACCGUGCCUGGAGACAUGCCACCACAGUUCUUCCCCCAGCACCACCUGCCCCCCACCAUAUAUAGUGAGCAAGAAAUUAUCCCACUGUAUGGAAUGUCGAGCUAUAUCACUCGAGAAGACCAGUAUAGCAAGCCACCCCACAAAAAGCUGAAGGACCGCCAGAUUGACCGCCAGAACCGCCUAAACAGCCCACCUUCCACCAUCUACAAGAGCAACUGUGCCACGGUGUACAAUGGCUAUGGCAAAGGCCACAGUGCUGGAAGCGGUGGAGGAGUCGGAGGUGGGAGCGGAGGUGGACCUGGGAUCAAAAAGACAGAGCGGAGAGCAAGAAGCAGCCCCAAGUCCAGUGAUUCGGACUUGCAAGAGUAUGAGUUGGAAGUCAAAAGAGUCCAAGACAUCCUUUCGGGAAUAGAGAAACCACAGGUGUCUAAUAUCCAGGCAAGAACAGUUGUGCUGUCCUGGGCACCCCCUGUCGGACUGUCCUGUGGACCCCAUGGUGGUCUUUCCUUCCCUUACAGCUACGAGGUCAUCUUAUCUGACAAAGGGAGAGAUGGGAAAUACAAGAUCAUUUACAGUGGAGAAGAAUUGGAAUGUAACCUGAAAGAUCUCAGGCCUGCCACUGAUUACCAUGUGAGGGUGUAUGCCGUGUACAAUUCCGUCAAGGGACCUUGCUCUGAGCCAGUUAGCUUCACCACCCACAGCUGUACACCAGAGUGCCCCCUUCCUCCCAAGCUGGCGCACAGGAGCAGAAGUUCACUCACCUUGCAAUGGAAGGCACCAAUUGACAAUGGUUCAAAAAUCAGCAGCUACCUUUUAGAAUGGGACGAGGGAAAGAGAAACAGUGGCUUCAGACAGUGUUUCUUUGGGAACCAGAAGCAUUGCAAGUUGACAAAACUCUGUCCAGCCAUGGGCUACACGUUCAGGCUCGCUGCUCGGAACGACAUCGGCACCAGUGGAUACAGCCAGGAGGUGGUGUGCUAUACACUAGGAAACAUCCCACAGAUGCCUUCAGCACCCAGGCUCGUCCGAGCUGGCGUCACCUGGAUCACACUGCAAUGGAACAGGCCAGAAGGCUGCUCGCCUGAGGAAGUAAUUACCUACACCCUGGACAUCCAGGAGGAUGAAAAUGAUAACCAUUUCCACCCAAAGUACAGUGGAGAAGAUCUAACCUGUACUGUGAAAAAUCUCAAAAGAAGCACACAGUACAAAUUCAGGCUGACUGCCUCUAACAUGGAAGGGAGAAGCUGCCCAAGCGAAGUCCUGGUUUGCACAACCAGUCCUGACAGGCCUGGACCUCCGACCAGACCCCUCAUUAAAGGACCCGUCACAUCUCAUGGCUUCAGUGUCAAGUGGGAUGCUCCAAAGGACAGCGGUGGCUCAGAAAUCCUUAAGUAUCUGCUGGAGAUCACAGAUGGAACUUCAGAAGCUGGUCAGUGGGAAGUGGCCUACAGUGGGUCUGCUACGGAGUAUGUCUUUACCCACUUGAAACCGGGCACUUUGUACAAACUGCGAGUCUGCUGCAUCAGCACCGGUGGGCACAGUCAGUGUUCUGAAAGUCUCCCUGUUCGCACACUAAGCCUCGCGCCAGGGCAGUGCCGACCACCGAGGGUUUUGGGUAGACCAAAGCACAAGGAAGUCCACUUAGAGUGGGAUGUCCCUGCAUCUGAACGUGGCUGCGAGGUCUCGGAGUACAGUGUGGAGAUGACGGAGCCUGAAGACGUAGCUUCCGAGGUGUACCACGGGCCUGAGCUGGAGUGCACGGUCGGCAACCUGCUCCCUGGAACUGUGUAUCGCUUCAGAGUGCGGGCUCUGAAUGAUGGAGGGUACGGGCCCUACUCUGAUGUGUCAGAAAUCACCACGGCCGCAGGGCCCCCGGGGCAGUGCAGAGCGCCCUGUCUGUCCUUCACACCUGACGGAUGCGUGUUGGUGGGUUGGGAGAGUCCUGAAAGCCCUGGAGCCGACAUCUCUGAGUACAGGUUGGAAUGGGGCGAAGACGAAGAAUCUUUAGAAGUCAUUUACCAUGGUCCAGACACCUGCUUUGAGAUUCAAGAUCUGUUGCCUGCUGCGCAGUAUUGCUGCAGACUACAGGCCUUUAAUCCAGCAGGUGCAGGGCCGUAUAGUGAGCUUGUCCAUUGCCAGACACCUGCCUCUGCCCCCGACCCUGUGUCCACGCUGUGUGUCCUGGAGGAGGAGCCCCUCGGUGCCCGCCUGGACCCACCCUCCGUGUGCCUUGUGCUGAACUGGGAAGAGCCGUGCAGUAAUGGAUCGGAAAUCGUCGCUUACAACCUCGAUCUCGGAGACACUAGCAUCACUGUGGGCAAUACUACCACACACGUGAUAAAGGACCUCCUUCCAGAAACUACAUACCGGAUCAGAAUUCAGGCUAUCAAUGAAAUUGGAGUUGGACCAUUUAGUCAGUUCAUUAAAGCGAAAACUCGGCCAUUACCGCCCUUGCCUCCUAGGCUCGAAUGUGCUGCAUCUGGUCCACAGAGCCUGAAGCUGAAGUGGGGAGACAGCAACUCCAAGAUCCACGCUGCUGAGGCCAUGGUGUACACGCUGCAGCUGGAGGACAGGAACAAGAGGUUUGUUUCGAUCUACAGAGGACCCAGCCACACCUACAAGGUCCAGAGACUGACAGAGUUCACCUGCUACUCCUUCAGAAUCCAGGCAGCGAGUGAGGCAGGGGAAGGACCUUUCUCAGAAACCUACACCUUCAGCACAACCAAAAGUGUCCCUCCCACGCUCAAAGCCCCUCGAGUGACACAGUUAGAAGGAAACGCAUGUGAAAUCCUAUGGGAGACGGUACCACCAAUGAAAGGCGACCCUGUUAACUACAUUCUGCAGGUAUUGGUCGGAAGAGAAUCUGAGUACAAACAGGUGUACAAGGGAGAAGAAUCCACAUUCCAAAUCUCAGGCCUCCAGAGCAACACAGACUACCGAUUCCGUGUGUGUGCAUGCCGCCGCUGUGUGGACACCUCCCAGGAGCUCAGUGGAGCUUUCAGCCCCUCUGUGGCCUUUGUGUUACAACGACAUGAGGUCAUGCUGGCAGGCGACAUGGGGAGCGUGGACGAUCCCAGAAUGAAGGGCAUGAUGCCUACUGAUGAACAGUUUGCCGCCCUCAUAGUGCUGGGCUUCGCGACCUUGUCCAUUCUAUUUGCCUUUAUAUUACAGUACUUCUUAAUGAAGUAAACCCAGCAGACUAGAGGUCUGAGUGGAAUGCCACAUUUUAAUACACAUUUACUCAGAGCCUUCCUUUUUAAGCCUUUUGUUCUUUGAUUUAUAUACUUCUCUUGUUUUACAGAUUUAGCUAGGGGAAACAGUCAGUGUUUGCCUGCACCAAUUUGAGAUGCAAAACUAGGAAGAGGUUAAACUGGAUUUAAAAAUAAUAAUAAUCAAUAAAUAAAAGAAGAAAUAAGAAGAGGAGAAGGGAGCAGAGGAAAGCACCAGCCACCAAGAGCUAGUGUGCCCAGUGCCCAGUGUGCCCUGUGAGCGCAGUGUGCCCAGUGAGCGCAGUGUGCCCAAUGCCCAGUGAGCGCAGUGUGCCCAGUGCCCUGUGAGCGCAGUGUGCCCAGUGAGCGCAGUGUGCCCAGUGCCCAGUGUGCCCAGUGAGUGCAGUGUGCCCACUGAGCGCAGUGUGCCCACUGAGCGCAGUGUGCCCAGUGAGCGCAGUGUGUCCAGUGCCCAGUGUGCCCAGUGAGCACAGUGUGCCCAGUGUGCCCUGUGAGCACAGUGUGCCCAGUGAGCACAGUGUGCCCAGUGCCCAGUGAGUUUAUGUUUUCAAGCUUUCCACUAUGCUUCUAUUCUGUUUCCACAGAUGUCUUUUGCAAGUCUUGAUUUUUUUGUGUGUUCCAGUUUAGUAAUUUAUAUUCACAGUCACUUGUUGAUCGUCUCUGUCUGUAAACAGAAUCACAGUGUAUGGAGUUCAGGGCUGGGAUUUCGCUGUUGUCAGAGUGGUACCACACAAGAACAUACAGAACAUGUGUGCCUUCGGCUGAGGCCACCUAGACCAUCCUAUCAUCACUCAGUUAUGUAACUGUUUAGCUCAUCGAAAUCAAAGUGUGUACUUUAAUCUAAAUGUGUUACUACUCUGUAUCCCUUAUGAUUUUAACACUAUGAGUUGCCUGUCUAAGAAAUCACAUAACCAAAUUUGCACCUAUAAGUGAUGGAGCAUUGUAGAUCCCCACACGGUCCGUAGCAGUAACUUUAAGAGGGCAUUGUGCAAUAGUUAGUUGUUUCCUGUCCAGCUACUUUAAGAGCUGCUUUAACUUGCCUGUCUGUCUUUGUAUAUAACUACUUCUAAUCUAAUCACUAGAGUUAUUAUAUUCUGUUAUGUUUGACGUCAGAAUUGUGUGACGAGAACUCAUGGCAGUUGAAUGCCUCACAGUUGUGAGCUGUCUCCUUCCAUGCUGGCCCAUUCUUUUUGACAGAUUUGCCUUUGGCUGUCCUUCGGAGUAUCAGUGAAGUGGAUGAAGUUCCACACCUUAGUUCAGUGCCCGUAAGACUAAUGCAGCAGUAGCUACAUUCUCACUGAUAGAGCCCAUGAGGGAACGCCUGCAUUUGUCCUUCUGUUUCUUUGGGCUUGAUCCGGCCACAUGUAGAGAGGGAGUGCUAACUGGCUGUAAGCACAGUGUGUUUGGGGCCGAAGAGCCUACAAGAUUCUCUCCUGGGUCUGUCACUCACUUGCUCUGUGACCUCUCUGUGCCUGUUUUCCCAUGCAUGAGAAAUCAGAUCAAAUCAAAUCAAAUCAAAUGGGGAUUCAGUAUCUGUAAGUGCUUUGAGACCUUGGAUCCACCGGUGCUAUUGGAGUGCAAGUGUUAUCUCGCAUGUUCAUGUAGAGUCGUGAGAUAAUCAGUUCUAACCCAGAGUCAUCGGAUUACUCACAUGAAGUCCACGAUGUUCGAGUACCUCAGGGACACGUAAGAGCUGGAGGUGCAACUGUAUCCAAAGGGAGCGACAGACACAGCCGAUCCCCGCGCUCGUGGUUGUUUGUAUAUUUUUGCUCCUUGGUUUUUCUUGAUCAUAGCUGUUUGUUCUUGGUCUGUGUUGUCUAUGAUGCAGUAAGUACCCUGUACUAGCUUAUGAUAUUCCCAUACCAAAGUCAUGGGGAAACCAACAUUAUUUUGUUUUGGGUUUAUUUAUACUAUAUUCUGCAUACAGUACUUUAAAUGCCAAUUACAGUGCAAUCUUUAUUUAUUGUAAAAAUUUUUAAAUGUACUUAUGUACUAAUUUGCUCUCAUAGCAUGUUAUAUUUUGUGUGUUUUAUACUUUUGUAAUUUUAGGUCAGUUUUGUUCCCUGGCAGCAUCUGUAGUAUUAACCUUCUGACAUUUUCUUGUGUUUUUAAAGAUAAGAAGAGCAUCUAACUCAUUAAAUGCCAAAAAAAAAAAAAAUCCCAUUAUCAGUGAUUGAAAGGUUUACAUGUACCCAGAACACCAUAAUCAUCUCUCGGAAGAGUGCUAAGAUCAAUGCAUUAUCGUGUGCCUAUAUCGAUGUAGUUAAGUACUAGAGAGCUCUGUAUUUUGUUAUUGACUAUAAUAAUUAGUGUAAUUAGACUUGUAAACUGAUGGUAUCAAGGUAAAUAUAUUUUUGCCAAAGCUCUGGCCUUCAGAAACUCAUCUUUCAUCUAAAUGUGUCGUGUGACCCACUGUGACAUUACAUCUGCAUUUUCUGAGACAAUUGUAAGCAGGUGAAAGCAAAUUCAGUGGACUAAUUUUUCAAGCUAUUUGUGGGGAGAGUCUUCUGGAACACUUCAGCACUGCUGCUGUAAAUGAUCCCCUGGAUCGGUUGAAUGGUUUUAAAGGAAAUAAUAUUUCCAGCCAAAAUCUCUGUGAACGUUUGCUCUUCCAGAGAGUUCCAUGCCCCGUGACCAUCAGAAAAGCUGAAGUGUGGCACACGAGCAGACAGCACUUUAUUCUAUUGCUCUCCACUACUUGUUUCCAUUAUGUCUCUUCAGUCAGGAAGUUAUUCCUCCACAUGGCACUAUUUUGUAUCACAAGUCUGUAUAUGUGCUGUGGAUAGAUAACUCUAUGUAUUGCUGUCACAAAGGAGCAGUAAGAGAAAGAGUCCUGUUAACCUCCCUCUACCCUUUGCCAUAUGUAGGAUGAGUGAGCGGCUUUCUGAUGCUCUGAUGCUUCUCUGUAUGUCACACGCAUCCCUGACACAAGAAAUCCAGUCAUCUGAAGCAAACCGCCCUUUGUCCUCAAAGAAAAUGUUUAACAAGAAAACUUUUUUAAAGGAUAUUUUGCAUAUUAUCUGCCUUGUUCUUAUCAAACUUGAGAUGUUGACAUUUUCUAGCCCUGUUUCUUUGGCUACAAUCAUGCAGUAUUUGUGUCAAAAUUGAAAAGUGCCCUAAUAGAAUGUGUUUGAAUGUUAUCCUUGCACAGUUCUUUAAAUUGAAAGAUGAAAUGUUUUACCUCACUGUUGGACAUACAUUCCAAGCUUUUCAACUUUAGGAGAAAAAAAUAAUCAUGUUUUCCUGUCUUGUAAAUUUUAGAUUAUUUCAUAUACGUUGUAUUAAAACUGCCAUAUCAAUUUUAAUGUAUAGAUUUUGCAAAUACUAUGCUAUAUGUAAUACCUAACUGUAUCUGUAGUGUAUAUGUAAUAUAUUUAUGCCCAAUAAAUGUUUUAAUUCUUUCUGA